AAGCAUCCACUGUAAAGAAACCAAACAUGACUCGGCGAAACUUCAUAGUGCCACAAAGCUGAAAGGAAAGCAAACUUUUCUUCUCCUUUUUCUUUCAGUUUAGACUCCAAAACCUUUACUUACCACUUUCUCAUCACCACCACCGCCUCAAGAAAAUUCACCACUUUCUGAAGAAGCUGCUGAGAUCAUGGACUUCGAUUACAGGGCUAGAAUUCAUUCUGCCAAGCACCUCUCUGCGGCCCAAGCUGCUCGAUUUCACUCUGAUAAUUAUUCAGGGAUUCAUUACAUAGAUGUGGAUAAUGAUGGCCGCUCUGAUUUCAGAUGUCCCUUCUGUGACUUUGAAAUCGAAGUUCCUGAGCUCUGCAGCAAUUUGGAAGAGGAGCAUUGCUUUGCCCUAAAAAAUAUGGUUUGUCCUGUGUGUGAAGAAAAUUUAGGGAAGGAUGCAAAUAAUGCAAUCACACAAUUUACACAUUCAAGCUCACGGAGGUGGGCGUGGAAGACGGAGAAAUCUAGCAACUGGUCUGGUAAUUCAGAAAUGCUUAGGAAGAAACUGGCUGCCAGGGGAAACAAACAAGAAUCAAUGGCUGAUCCGCUGUUGUCACCAUUUAUCUGCAACGUGCCCAUUCCAAAUCCUAACAAUAUCCAUCCUGGUGAAAACUCCACCCCCAGAAACAAGGAUAUAGACAUUCAUAAUUCUAAAAGAUCUGGGACUGAUGCACCAGAUGUGGGUGUUGAGCAGGAUCAACAAGAGAGGAAGCUAAGGGCAGCUUUUGCUCAACAGUUGGUAUUAUCAACUAUAUUUGAGUAAAUAUUUUCGUAUAAUCUAUACAGUCGCAAGUCAUGAACUGGUAGCAGCUCCUUACAUAUUCACAUAGCCUACGAUGCUGAUUUAGGACUCAGGAGGCGCUUGAUUUUAUUGAGGUGCAUGAGCAUAGAAUGUGAAGUAGUUUAAGCAACGGUUAUGUUGGUUCAUGUGUAUUUAACUACAAUUCAGACCUCUCUAUUAAAGUUUAACUAGAUAUAAAACCCGUGCGUUGCACGGGUAUUGUUUUUAGAAUA